AUGAAUGUCACCCACAAGUUCAAGACUGAUGUAUGUAACACGCAAAUAUGGUUGGCCGCUUACGCAUGGUCGAAGAGGGAAUGUGAUAGACAUUUGCAGGUGCUCCGACAGAUGGAUCCUCCCAUCGCUGCUUAUGUUGACAAUAUAGGAUUAGAAAAAUGGGCUCGUCCUUAUUGUCUAGGAGACAGGUACAACAUCAUGACAAACAACGCUGCAAAAAGCCUUAACAACGUUCACACUUUACAAAAUUGGUUUGCUAACCGUACGGAGAAGGCAAGUAAGUGUGUUACCCCUUUGGCAACUCAUUUUGAGGAAGAUUUGAUAAAGCAACACGAGGAUGGUAGACGUAGAAGUGUCCUACGUAACGGUGCACAAUUGUUUAAUGUUGGAAGAGGUGCUGACGGUUCUGACUUUGAAAAAGGCGGAGAUGUGAACUUAGUUGAGAGAACUUGCACUUGCGGCAUGUUCCAAUUGUUGAAAAUUCCUUGUCCCCAUGCAUGUGCUGCAGCGCUUACUCAGAAUGUCAGUGUCUACGCUCUGUCAUCCCCCUAUUACACAAAGGAGACGUGGAAGAAUACUUACGAUGCAACAAUUAAUGUUGUGGGCGAGGAGGAUGAAUGGGUGCUUCCAGAACACAUGCAGAACAUGAGAAUCGGUGUACCAGUGGAGAAGAAACCUGUAGGUCGUCCAAGAAAGAGCAAUGCAGGAAGACUACGGACUAACCGAUUUCCAUCGAACGGUCAAAAAGUCAAGGAACCACGCAAAUGUUCAAACGGUGGCGCAUUGGGACACAACAAAGCUACUUGCAAGGCCAGGGUUUGA